AUGCCUGCAGCAGCAACUGCAGCAGAGCGGGUCUCGGGUGCUGCUGCUGCUGCUGCUGCUGCUGCUGCUGCGGAGGCGGAAGCUUGCUGCAAGAAUGGCAGCUUGUUUCGUCUGCAGCAGCAGGGAACUGCAGCAGCAGCUUCGAGUGACGCUGUAAUCAAACAGACACCCGCAAAUCCUGUGGGGCCAGCGAGCAGCAACUGCAGCAGCAGCGGCAGCAUCAGCAGCAGCAGCAGCAGCAGCAGCAGCACGGGUCUCCACAGUCCCGAGCAGCAGCAGAGCCUAUCGUUGCCCUCUCGUGCAGCAGCAGCAUCAGCAGCAGAGGGCAGUGGUAGGGGCUUCGAAUCUGGUGGUUUGCAGCAGCCACAGCAGCAGCAGUUGCAGCACCAGCACCAGCGGCAACAGCAGCAGCAGCAGCAGCAGCAGCAGCUGGAUGUGGGGCCCGAGGUUUUGCUGCAGCGUUCUCUCAGUUUAGAUAAAGCCUUAUCGUUUAAGAAGGUUGAUUUGCUGCGGAAGGCGCAGCAAGCAGCAAUGCGCAGCGAAAACCCUCAGCUACACUCUCCAAGGACAGCAGCAGCAGCAGCAGCAGCAGCAGCAACAGCAGCAGGAGCUGCAGCAGCAACUGCAAGAGCAUCGGGAGGAGUAAGUGAAGGAAGAGCUGCAGGAGCAGCUGUAGCAGCAGCAGCAGCUGCAGCAGCCGCAGCAGAGUCUGCUGCAGCAGCAGGCUUACCCCGGAAGCUGUUCCCUCCUCCCCAGCUAGAUGCGCAGCUGCUGCAGCAGGAAGAAGGGCUGUCCAGCAGCAGCAGCAGCAGCAGCAGCAGCAGGGCUGAGGCGGAAAGCAGGGGGCAGUCUCCGAAGUAUCUGCAGCAGAGCAGCAGCCCAAACAGCAACAGCAGCAGCAGCAGCAGCAGCAGCAGCAGCAGCAAACGCUCCCUAAGACAGUUUCGAGUGCAUGCAGGGACGCCGACAGCACUGCAAGCACCGGAAGACAGAAGACCUAAAGCAAAGGCAGCUCGUGGAGCCACGUCGGAGUCCCCAACACGCAGCAGCAGCACCACCACCACCACUCUGCAGCUGCAGCAGCAACAGCAGCAGCAGCAGCAGCAGCAGCAGCAGCAGCAGCAGCAGGAGUCUCUUUCACCUAUUGGUAAGCUGCGCCGCCUUUGGCUCUUAAUAUCAGGCGGGGGGCAGGAGCAACAGCAGCCGCACGAACAGCAGCAGCAGCAGCAGCAGCAGCAGCAGCAGCAGCAAGGGCCUUUGCUGCACCGCAGCGUGCAUAGCUGCCCAGCCCCGACUUCGUUUGCAAGAGAAGCAGCAGCGCAGAGACAGCCACUGGAGCCUAUGUUUAGAGGAAGCUCUGUUCCUCUUGUUAUUGAUGAGGUGCUGCUGCAGCAGCAGCAGCAGCUGCAGCAGCAGCAGCAGCAGCAGCAGCUGCAGCAGCGGGCGAGAUACUCCGCGCUGGUGGCCCCCGCAAUGCCCCGUCUGCCUCUCACCAUCAAAGAGAAAGUUAUACAGCAGAUAGACGAAGAGCAGCAGCAGCAGCAGCAGCAGCGGGCGCAGCGGGAACUGCAACAGCAGCAGCAGCAGCAGCAGCAGCGACAGAAGCAGCAGCAAGAAGGUCACCUAGAAUUCUUUACACCGAGGCCAAGCCUAGAUGGGGGGUCUUACCGUUGGCUGCAUGCUUCAGAGAAUGAAGCAGCAGCAGCAGCAGCAGCAGCAGCAAGGGAAGGGUCUCAAUGGCGGUGUCUGUCUCCUGUCUCUUCUGCUGCUUCUGCUGCUUCUGCUGCUUCUGCUGCUUCUGCUGCUUCUGCUGAUUUUGAUUUUCUGUCUCCUCUACCUUCUAGCCCUUUAACCUGCAGCCCUCAGGCCCCGCUCACGCCUGCACCGCAGCAGCUGUCUCCCCUCUCGCAGCAGCAGCAGCAGCAGCAGCAGCAGCAGGAAGGGGAUGAGCUCCCUCAGCAGGUAAAGCACCAGGAACAGCAGCAGCAGCAGCAGCAGCAGCAGCAGAGGAGUUUGGUGCGUGGAGUACCCUCAAGAGCAUCUCCUUCUUCAGAUUUAGCUGCUGCUGUUGCUGCACUUGCUGCUGCAGCAGAGCGCACAGCAGCUUCAUCCCCAGCCCGACAGCGGCAAGCAGCAGCUGCUGCAGGGACACCAGAUGCAGCAGCAGCAGCAGCAGCAGCAGCAGCAGCAAGUCGGUCCCCCAGCAGCAAAGACUCCGUUGCUCUGCUCUUGGAAGAAGCAGCAAGAUCGCUUCAGGAGGCCCUGCUGCGGGUGCAGCAGCAGAAGCAGCAACUGCUGCGGCGGGAGGUACAGCAGCAGCAGCGGCAACAGCAAGAGCAACAGCAACAGCAGCACCAGGAGCAGCAGCAGCAGCAGCAGCAGCCGAAACAGCUGUUAGAGCCCCUGUCACCGCGUCAGGAGUCUCUGCUGAGUUUGAACGAGCAGCAGCCACAGCAGCAGCAGCAGCAACAACAACAACCACAGCAACAGCAGCAGCAGCAACAGCUGCGGGAGCAACUACGUGAGGCGCAGCCUGAGACGCAGCACACAGAGCAGCAGGAACCGCAGCAGCAAGAGCAACAGCAGCAAGAGCAGCAGCUGCGAGAACAGCAGAAGCAAGAGCAGCAGCAGCCGGGGCAGCAGCAGCAAGAGCAGCAGCAGCAAGAGCAGCAGCAGCAGCCGGGGCAGCAGCAGCAAGAGCAGCAGCAGCAAGAGCAGCAACAGCUGGAUACAGAGGAGCAGCAGAAGCAGCAGCAGCCGGGUCAGCAGGCGCAGCAGCAGCAACCGGAGCAGGAGCUGCAGCAGCAGCAGCAGCAACCGGAGCAGGAGCUGCAGCAACAGCAGCAACGGCCCGAGCAGCAGAAGGAGCAAGAACAGCAGCAGCUGGCACUGGAGCAGCAGCAGCAUCCGGGGCAGCAGGAUGGAGAGCAGCAACAGCUGGCAGAGCAGCAGCAGCAGCAGCAACAGCAGGAACAGCAGCUGCAGCAAAAACACAAACGAGAGGAGGAAGAGCAGCAACAAGAGCAGCAGGAGCAGCAGCAGCAGCAGCACAAACACCAGCAGCAGGAAGGGCAACAGCAGCAGAAAGAACUACAGGACGAAGAUAAGCAAGAAGUGCAGCAGCGGGAGCAGCAGCAGCAGCAGCAGCAGCAACUUCAGGAUGCUGCUGUUGGGCUCUGUUUACCUGCUUGUGAGAGUCUUUCAAGGCCCCAGCACGAACCAGGAGCAGCUGCAGCAGCAGCAGCAACAGCAGCAGCAACAGCAGCAGCAGCAGAACCAGCAGCAGCAACAGCAGCAGCAGCAGCAGCAGCAGCAGCAAGAAAGUACCGCUCCAGAGCCUGGUCCCUUCCCUCGCUGCAGCCGCUGCGGCCCCUGGCCCCGCUUGUGCUGCCCCCAACGCUGCAGCAGCAGCGGCAGAGACGGCAGCAGCAGCAGCAGAUGGUGGGGGCUCUUCCGCUUCAUAGUGUGAGGAUGGAGCAGCAACAAGAAGAGCAGCAAACUCAGCAGCAACGAGACAAUGAAAAGCAAAUGCAGCAGCAGGAACAGCAGCAGGAACAGCAGCCGCAGGAACAGCAGCAGGAGCCGGUUAAAGGACUGGGGGGAGCAGCAGCAGAUGCUGUUGCUGAUGCACAGCAGCAGCAAUCGAAGACCGAACAUCUUGUAAGGGAUGUGCAGCACGGCAGCAGCAACGGCAGCAGCAACAGUGACAGGGGCAGCAGCAGCAGCAGAAGCAACAGCAGCAACACGAGCAGAAGCAGCAGCCCCCUGCAGGAUACCCCUGCUGCAGCCUCACCUGCCGUUGACUCCCAGAAAGCAGCAGCAGCAGCAGCAGAACCAGCAGCAGCAGCAACAGCAGAACCAGCACCAGCGACAGCACCAGAACAAGCCCCAGCAGCAGCAGCAGAACCAGCAGCAGCAGCAACAACAGCGGCACCAUCGACAGACACAGCAGCAUCAGAACCAGCAGCAAAAGCGGCGCCUGCAGCAGCAGCAGCAGCAGCAGCUGCUGCUGCUGCUGCUCCUAGCACUGCGAUUCAUAAGAAGGAUAUAUCUACACAAACAGAACCACACAUCUGUGGGGGGCCCCCUGCUGGGGGCCCCCCUAAAAUUGUAAAGGCGAAGGCCCCCGGGCUUCCUCCUGGCUGGGCCCCCAAAGCAGCAACAGCAGCAGCAGCAGCAGCAACAGCAGCAGCUGCAGCAGCAACUUCGGGGGCCCCUGCAGCAGCAGCAAACCUCCCAAAGGGAAAACCACCGGGGCCUCCUCCAGGAACAGCAGCAGCAGCAGCAUCUUCGGGUGCCCGGGGGGCCCCUGCUGCUGCUGCUGCUGCUGCUACUGCUGGUGCUGCUGCUGCCAUUCCUAAAGGCAAACCCCCUGGUCUUCCUCCAGGAUUUAAAGCAUCAGGGGUCCCUUCUGCUGCUGCAUCGAGCAGCAGCAGCAGCAGCAGCAGCAGCAGCAGCAGCAGCACAUCGUCAUCCUCCUCAAGCCUUCCAAAAGCAGCACCAAGGGGGCCCCCCCCAGGGGUUAAGGGGGCCCCCCCUGGCCCCCCCCCUGGGGCUAAGGGGGUACCCCCGGGGCCCCCCCCUGGGGCUA